AUGAUGGAGUUCUACCCCGGAAACAAAACUGGUGGCAUUCCAGGAUUAUUUGGUGACCCAUAUUAUUGGUGGGAAGCUGGUGCUGCUUUUGGGGCUUUAAUUGACUACUGGUACUAUACUGGUGAUGCUGGGUACAACGCCGUUACCACCGAAGCUAUGCUUCACCAAGUUGGACCACAAGAGAACUUUAUGCCACCCAAUCAGUCGAAAUCACUGGGAAACGACGAUCAAGGGUUUUGGGCCCUCUCAGCUAUGUCCGCUGCCGAAAAAAAUUUCCCGGACCCCCCAGCGGACCAGCCUCAAUGGCUUGCCUUGGCACAAGGUGUCUUCAACUCGCAAGCGUUACGUUGGGAUAAUUUGACAUGCGGCGGAGGUCUACGCUGGCAGAUAUAUACAUUUAACGCUGGAUAUGGUUAUAAAAACACAAUCUCGAAUGGAUGUUUUUUCCAGCUUGCGGCUAGAUUAGCUAGAUAUACCGGCAAUGCAACAUACGCUGAAUGGGCCGAGAAGACUUACGAAUGGACCGCUUCAAUCGGACUUUUGUCGAAGGACUACAAACUUUUUGAUGGAUCAGACUCAACCUUGAACUGCUCUGAGCUGAACCAUAUCCAGUGGACAUAUAAUGCAGGAAUAUUCCUGGCAGGGGCGGCGUAUAUGUACAACUUUACAGGUGGGGCUGAACCUUGGAAAACGCGCGUGGAAGGCAUAAUGAACGCAACAUCGGUAUUCUUCAUUAAUAAUACAAUGGCCGAAGUUGGCUGCGAGUCAAACGACAUGUGCAACGUCGAUCAGAGAUCCUUCAAAGCUUAUAUGGGCCGCUUCAUGGCAUUGACCGUCAAAAUGGCGCCUUUCACAGCAUCCUAUAUUCUGCCCAAACUUCGGACAUCCGCAGUGGCAGCUGCAUAUCAUUGUUCUUAUGGGAGUGAUGAGAACACAUGUGGAAUGAUAUGGACUCAAGAUGGGUGGGACAAUAAGUACGGGGUUGGGGAGCAGUUAUGUGCGUUGGAGGUCAUUCAGAAUACCCUUGUGCAAGCCGUUGGCGAACCCGUGACACAGAAUAAUGGAGGCACCAGCAAGGGAGAUCCAGCGGCGGGGACUGGAGGGGAUACGCAACCAACACAGACUUAUCCUGAUGCUAAGAGCAAAAAAGAUAAGAUUGGUGCAGGAUUUGCAACAGCGGCGAUAUUGCUAUUAUUAAUGGCGGGAGGUUAUUUUAUGAUCGUAUAA